AUGCCUCCGGUCCCGCCUUCAGGGGGGCUUUUGUCCUCUUCUGCCGCAGCCGCUGUGCUUCGCGCUGCGAAGCUGGACGGCGCGACGGCUCAGGCUCCAACAGUAACGAGUUGCGUCAAGGGUUUUCCGGUGUUUUCUGCGUUUCAACGGGAGGGUCCCGUGGCUGCAGUCAGGCCGCCAAGUGCAGCUUCGCUCUUCUUCGGCGAUGCGGUGGCAAUAUCGGCGGGCACUCAGGCCUCAGCCCGCCGUGCUGAACAAGUCGAGCGCCUGCAGCACUUGCUGGCCCAGCGUCGCCGCGUCGGCUCUUCGUCCUCCCAGGCUGCUUCCACCUCGUCGACUCCCGCAAAAGACUCGCCGUCGCCUUCCUCUACAACAUCCUUCUCUGGUUCUGGGAGCAAAGCGGGGAGCCAGUCUGCUUCUGAGAGCAAAGCGGGGCGCCAGGCUUCUGCGGGGUCCGCAGGAGGCGCGAGCGUGGCCAGUUCGUCUGACAGGGCCGACGUCCCCCCGGAGAAAGCAACAACAACAACACACGAUACCAGCGACAUACAUAAGACAGAAGGGGGAGCGUCCGGCAAUCCCGCGAUGCCCUUUGUGGCACAGACACCUGAGGAAGACGCCGCACAUAGUAACGCAUCGAUUCUGUACCCGAUGCCGGCCCGCGGCGCAGCCCCCAACCAGCGUUCGGGGACAAUGCAUAAGGCGGAGGCUGCGGAAGCUCAUGAUAUGAGUGCAAAUCGAGACGCAGAACCAAACAGCAAAUCCAGCCUUUUCAACACUUGCGCCAGUAUAGGCCUGUUUGCGACAGGCGCCGGCCUUAUUCUCUGGGGUCUCGGAGGCGGCGCGUGCCUCUUCACCCAGCAAAGCCAGCCUGUCAAUGUAACCUGGGACUUCGUCAAAGACGACCCUCGCGUCACUGAGGUCAUGGGCCCAAACUUCCAGCGAGAGUGUUGGUGGGGCGGCUACGAACGCGACGACAGCGCACGUGUGAAGUUGAGACUCAAAGGCGGCGAAGGACAGAAGGGCAUCGUGGUGUGUGACCUCUCUCGCGAAUCGGCGACGGCCCCGUGGAAGAUCAUGGUUCUUAACUUCAUGCGCAUCGAUGACAAGCGGAGCUCUCCUCAGUCGGGGAAAACAGAGAAAGAACAGAUGGAGGAAGUCAUGAGCUCCGCAAUCGCUCUCUAUCCUCCCCAGCCUGACCGCAAGAAGCAAGCAGAGCAGUUUGCCUCAGGAACGGCGAUUGAUUAUGCAGCUCUGAUGAAGUCAAAGAGCGACCGUCCGUGGGAAGAUGUCGAGGAGGCGCCGAGCAACGGCAAGCAGUCGUCAGGAUUCCUAGGUUUCCACGGGAGUCGACGCGAACAGCCGAAGUCUCAAGAAGGCGGCGCCGCGACGAACCUACAGCGACAGGCAGGAGGUGCACAGACAGAGUCUGCGAGGCAAGAAGCGAAAAAGAGGCAAGAGGAGACCAAGAAGCAGGAAGACGCAAAGAAGCAAGAAGACAAAAAGAAGCAAGAAGCAGCGGCGAAGGAGCUUGGACAGAAGCAAGACGCGACGAAACAACGCGUCGGAGCAACGCGAGGACCCGAUCCUCCCAAGCCGCCAGUGGUAGGCGAAGAGACCACAGAUGGCAUUAUGGGCCGAGGAGCAGAGAAGGCGAAAAUCCCACCGCUUACCAGUCGGAAUUUCGAGAAAAAGUAUUCCCAGAAGGAUCCCUCUGAAAAGGUGCACGUCCUUCGCGAUGGCGAACACGAGAGCAACCGAACCUAA